AUGUUUGGAGACGUGCCCGAAGUGGAAGUCGAAGUUGAGGCAGAUCCCCACGCUUCGACAACUCAUUCAAUAUCCCCCUCAGCUUCCAAUGACAGCGGCUCAGGCCCAGCCACAGGCGCAAGUGGCAAAGCUCCCGAUAAGACCAUAUCAUGCGUGUCUUGUCGCAAGCGGAAACUGCGGUGUGAUCGAAUUAAGCCAAAAUGUGGAACCUGCGAGCGCCUGUGUCACGAAUGCGAAUAUCCAGAGCGUCGCAGAAAUCCAGGUUCCAAACGACGCAAUAUGAAGGAAUUGGAGGCAAGACUUGCUGAGGUCGAAACCAAACUUGUUCCCGAAAUCCCAAUUCGGAAUAUGAAUCAACCGUCUACUUUUCCCCUAAUGGACGACGAUGCCGAUGCUCUUCGUGAGGAUUCGGAUUUUCCUGUUGGACAAAUCCCAAUUGAUGGGUCAUUGGAUAUUGAGCAGUGGGCCUUUACCUUUCAGCCGGCCGCGCCGUCUUUUCCCAUGGAGGAUCCUCUAUCCCAAGAGCUUAUAAGCUUAGGAUUAGAGGAGCCGUUGCCUCCGCAACAGAUGAUAGAUGAACUGCAUGAUAUUUAUUUUGAAAAAAGUCAUAAGACUAUGCCCUUAAUGCAUAAGUAUCGAUACUUCGCGUCGCUCGACCGGGCUCCACACAUGCGCCCGCCAGUGUGCCUUCGAUAUGCAAUGUGGACUAUGGCGGCGUCUCUGUCCGAUAAGUAUUCAUGCUACGAGGAUCUCUUCUACGGCCGUGCUAGGAGAUACUUGGAGGCAGCAGAGAUGAAGGGGCAUGGUGAAACCUUUGUAACUGUAUAUCAUGCGCAGGCAUGGGGUUUAAUAUCCUCCUAUGAGGCUAAACGAACCCUUUUCUCGCGAUCUUGGAUGAGCACGGGGCGAAUGACACGCUUAGUUCAGAUGCUAGGACUUCAUCGUCUAGACGGAGAUAGAUCCGAUCUCAAACAGAUAUUGCCAUCUCCUUCAGAUUGGAUUGAAUUAGAAGAACGCCGUAGAACGUUUUGGGUUGCAUUUCACAAUGAUCGCUGGGCAAGCUCAGGAACUGGCUGGCCGAUGAUUAUUAACGAGAAAGAGAUAUUGACAAAUCUCCCGGCAUCCGAGAAUUCCUUUGAACAGGGUAUCGCGCAAGACACCAUAUCACUAGCAGAUGCCUUGACCUCCCAGGGGGCACCGAAGAUCUCGACGUUUGGCGGAGUAAUAUUGUCAGCCGCACUUUUCGGCCAUAAUUUUCAGCACCUACAUCGAAUUGGCCCUGAUGAACGCCCCGAAAACGUUUCAAACGGCGAAUUCUGGAGAAGGCAUCGAAAAAUGGAUAACGUGCUAUCUAGCACCUUCUUAUUUCUUCCCGACCACUUGAGGAUGCCGGGAGGGCUUGGAGACAUGAAUGUCGUUUUCCUGCAUAUGAGCGUGCACGCUUCCACCGUUUGUCUUCACCAGGCCGCAAUCCUUACCGCAGAGCGGAACAAGCUCGACUCGAGCGUCACAGAGCAAAGUCGUGCACGAAGCCUCAUGGCGGCUCAGGAAAUCGCCAAUAUCAUGCGUCGUGUUUGCCACGUAGAUGCUUCAAACAUGAAUUUAUGGAUGGGUUUCUGUCUCUUCGUUGCUGCGGGCGUCUUGCUCCAAGACCUAAAAGCCGGAGGCCAGGAUCCCCACCCUCAAAGUUUGAUGAACCUAGAAUUUCUUGUAGCUGCUUUGCAAGCGAUUGGAGACAGGCACACUCUCACCAAGCAUUUUACUGCUCAACUGGAGCUCGAUAUUGAAGUAUCGGGUAUUUACCGAUCCCAACCCGACCCAUGCGAUACGGAAGAUGUCCCGAUUUAUAAUAAUUUCAUCGAUGGACAAUUUUCCCAGGGUAAAGGAGCUCCGCUGCCCUUUAAUAUUGCGCGAUCCUUCACGAAAAGAUUUGCAACUCAAAACCCAAGUACGUCGGCGGAAAAUCCAGGUGCGAGUAUUUUAAACUGCUUAAACGUGGCCUCUCCUUCUAACAAUACUCAACGGCACAAUUCCAAUCCUACCCAUGUCCCGUAUUUUACUGUCGGGAAUCGCAAAGUUCUACCGGCUUCGACACCCGCCAUUCAAGGCGACAAAAUAUUUAGAGACUCGUCCGCGUUCUUUAAUUUAGAUAACGAGUUUCUCGAUAUCUCUAGUAAUACCCCAUCUGGCAACGACUCUAGCAGCUACCCAACGCAGUUUGUCCUCCGACAUGGCAAAUAUGCUAACAAAGAUCCGGCAUCAUCACAAAAUACGUGGGCCGGCGGAAUACCGACUGCUUUUUUCUUCCCAACGCUACGUGAAGGAACCAAGGCCCCGGAUGGAGAGGACAACCUAGACAAUAACACCCAAACCGCUGACCUCGAUGCUAUGUUUGAGGAUAUAGUUUGGGACCCAAAUUCAGGCUAA